GCGAAAGAUGAAGAUGUCACCGAUGAAGAGAGGAAGACGCCGAAGAUCUUGGAGCGUCUAAAAACUUGGAACGCCGACAGAAAAGCGAGUCCUACUUUUAAACAGGCAAUAUCCGCCUUCAAGGACUACGAACUGAAAGAACAAAAAGGUUUGUUUGGCACCACGGCCUUUAAAGUCUGGGCCAAAAAAGUGAAAGCACUCGAUCAAGAGAACGCAGGGUCAACCAUGCUCACGAUUCUUCUGCGGCGUUAUGAUGACAUCACGUUGGCGAGACUAAUUGGAUCGUCCAAGUUCUCGGAAUGGUUGAAAAGCAUUGCUACAGACUUGCGGGGAGCGCUGUUUGCCAAGUGGAAGCAGGCGGGAAUGAAGCCGAAUACCAUCGAAGCCCAACUACUGAAGAAGCCAAAUACUCAAUUGUGGGGCGAAAAUGACAAGGAGCUGGUGAAGGCGUACACAGCCUUCUUUAAUCUAUAGCAACAUCAGACACGCACCAUUCAUCGCGUCGUAAAUGGUGCUCGACAAAUACAAAUGUUCUCUGACUCGUAUACAUUCCGAAGCAAUUUAUUUAGCGU